AUGAGCAGCGCUGGUUGUGAAGUGUCCAUUGAUAUCCCCUCAUGGGUACCAGCGGCAAUUGCUUUUGGAUUGGCAGUCAUAUUGACAAUUGGAGUUUGUAUUGCGUACAUUUUUCGUGAGAUAGAACGACAUAAGACUUUUUAUGGCAAAGAAGACAAAUUAUCAUCACGAGAAGUGACAGAUGCGAAGAAAAAGGAAGAAAUGGAUGCUUAUGCUUUGGGACGGUGUAGCCACGAAGUUCUUGUUAUCAAAAGUCCGCCGCAAACAACGCCAGGCACGGCAAAAGGAGCAGCCCCGAGUGGAGUGAAGGUGAUGUUGAGAAAGAAGCGAAUAAUCACAACAACUCCUAGUAGACCUGUACCCUCGUUAUCAAUACCGACUAGCAUGGAACCAACCUCACCCUAUGUUUUCAACUUCAACAUUCUCUACGACAAAACUGGAAGAGCAUUUGAACUCAUCGAUCUCAUUCAAAAAGAAGAACCACCGAUAGCUUCACGUUCAAAACAGAUUGACUGGCUACUGCAACAGAUACAAACUCGCCUGGAAAAGAUGACUGACCAUAAUUAUAUCGUGUAUGGUUCCGUCGAUGGUAAGAUAUGGAGUGUGAAAGGUCUGGAGAACCUACAGCAGAAUGUUGAGGAGACACAUUUGGAAAUGCGAUUGAGUGUGGAGUCUAUGGGCCUGAGGAUAUUGGCCUACAAGAUUCAAGCAAUAUCAGCGGAGCAAGCGAUGCUGAUGUCGAUACGGGGUAGAACGUCAGACAUGAGACCCGAACCGACACAGGCUACUCCGGGACGUUGGCUUAUGCGAGGGACUCCGGAUAACAUUUCUCACCAUGUAACACCUAUUCCUCAGUCUCACCAAAAAAGUAGUGAGCUACUAGAUCAAGAAAGGAGACAAGCCGCACAAAUUCGGCAGGCAAUGCAGUCUCCUGCUCCCCCGUCAAUAUCCCAUGUGAAAACUCUUAGCACGGACAGGAAAUCCCUGACGAAACAUUCGCUCAUGGGGAUACCGAAGCGUGCAGUGUCUCAUGGCGCAAAAAGUGGCGGAAAGCCACAGACCAGAAGCAGGGAGUCGAAAGAACUGUUGUAUAAAGCUAAGGCGCGUGUAGAAACACCAAAGAAAAAAGCAGCAAUCCAGAGCAAGGAAGGGGCAAAUGUACGUCAAACCUCCACUUUACCGCUUGCCACAGCGAGGUUGAAUGUAGUUGACACCGGUACUACAAAACCCGUCUCAAAAGCGGAGGAGGUCAAGCUAUCAGACACGAUGAAUACGCAAUCCGCGAUCAAGAAACCAAAUGAAAAAAAUAAAAAUUCGAAAGAAGGAACAUCUGGUCCUAUUACUGGUGUUAGAGUUUAG